CAUUUUUCAGCUCCAUCCCAUUUUCUGCAUCAACCCCCCAUCCAUCAUCAGCAGCAAAUUCUAACCUGUACGGAACUGAACAAAACCCAACCACAAAAACCCACAAACAAAACUUUGUACCUUUCUUUUUAAAAUAUAGCAGUAGUCAUCAUCCCCAUCUCCGACCUAGCAGAGAGAAAGAGAGAAAGAGAGAUGGCGUAUGGAAGAGAUGAAAAUAGCAGCAGAGAGAUGAUGUCAGGAGAAGAAGAGAUGAGAAAGAUGAAUGGAAGAGGGAAGAUUGAGAUCAAGCGGAUCGAGAACACCACAAAUCGUCAGGUCACUUUCUGUAAGCGCCGCACCGGUUUGCUGAAGAAGGCCUACGAGUUGUCGGUUCUCUGUGAUGCUGAGGUUGCCUUGAUCGUCUUCUCCAACCGCGGCCGCCUCUACGAGUACUCCAAUCAAAGUGUUAAAGCAACAAUUGAGAGGUACAAGAAAGCAACUUCAGAGCCUGACAACAAGGGUUCUGUUUCCGAAGCCAAUGCUCAGUUCUACCAGCAAGAAGCAUCCAAAUUGCGAGCUCAGAUUGGUAAUUUGCAGAACUCAAUCAGGAACUUGCUGGGUGAAUCUUCAGGGUCGUCUUGCCUCAGAGAACUCAGGAAUAUAGAGGCUAAGGUAGAGAAAGGCCUUAGCCAAGUUCGAUCCAGAAAGAACGAACUUAUGCGCGCCGAAAUUGACUUCAUGCAAAAGAGGGAGGUCGAUUUACACAACGUCAAUCAAUAUCUUCGGGCUAAGUUCGGUUCACCAGCAGAUAAUUUACGUAUGAUAGGUGAAGCUGAGAGAGCAGAUGAGCAACAAACGAGUUUGAUGGCAGCUGUUGGGAAGUCUGACUAUGAAAUUGCAUCGUCGGAACCGCCGUAUGAUGCUCGGAAUUUCAUCCAAGCCACCAAUGGCCUGCAAAGGAACAACCGUCAUCAUGCAUGAAUUUACCGCGCUCUUGAGCUAGUUGCACACAGCUAAGAUGCUAAAAGUUGGGCUGCAAGGUUUUGAAUUGGCAUCUCAUGUCUACAAGUUUCUACUUAUGUACCCUGCUAAACAAGGUUAAAUUAAACCACUAAUUGGCUGUGUGGUCGAGUUAAUUGUACUCUUCAAGAGUUUUUACUUCCUUUUCUCCCGAUCUUGAACCAUGUUUUCUAUUUCACUCUUGUUUAAUUAGUAUUACAUGAAAAAGAUCGAAGCAUAUUUAUGCCACUUAGUUUAUUUUCCUCUACAAAUAUAUGCUAAUUCUACUCAAAAUGUUAAUCACGUUUAUUGCAAAUGAUUUGGGAUGAAAUGAGUAUUUAGUGCUCAAUAAAAU